AUGGCUCAAAAUUUCUCUCCCCGAAAAAAGCGACGCAAGAGUAUUUUACCUUCACAUCAAAAAAAUAUUUCCCAGUUCUUUACUCCAAGGAGUGGCAUCUCUAAAGAAGACGUGAAUUUUGUUGUAAGGCCUGCAAAAGAACCCAAAUUUGAACGGAAUCCCUCUUCACGUAAAGGAACAGGGCCGAAAGAAAACCUGGGAACUGCUAGUUGCAGGGAUCAAAUUACGUUCCCUCUUGGAAAUUCGGGAUUUAUCACAGCGGCAAGAUUGUAUGAGCAAGCAACUAAGUGCUGUUCAAGCGUCAAAAAGGAGCAGUUUUCGUCGUUUCAUUCUAAGAGUUUGAAUUCGCCAAUUUCUUGGAACUCCACAACUUCUGAAACGUCUGCAGCUGAGAACAGCUACAGAGAGGAUUUGGCGUUCUCUUCAGGCGAAAGAACAACGCCUGUUUAUGGCACAACACGUGUUUCAAUAAUAGCAAUGUCGUCUUCAUCAUGUGCGAGUUCGACGUCAUCCACAUCAGAGUCCUCAAGUAAGGUUACAGGAAAGGUCAGGCGAAAUCGCGAACGAAAAACAACAAAUGCAAAAAAUCGAAAGGUCCAGAAACAGUGUACAAUUCCAGUUAUUUCACUAGACAGUGAGAAUGGAGAGAAUUCAAGUGAUAGUGACUGUUCUAUAGUAAGUGUUAUUCGUAGGAAGAAAGCUGUUCAAAGUAAAGAAAGGAAUUGUGAAGUAGAGGAAAUUGCUUGCUAUACUCGAAAGGCUGCAAAUAGUCGAGGACCACUCAAACUGGAAAGCACCUCAUGUAGUGAUGUUUCACAAACAUCCAGCUCUAGUGAUUGGUCGAGUGCAAGAAGUAGUUCUUCAUCUUCUUCACCUUCCUCAUCAUCAGUCUCAACCACAUGUAAGAGUUCAGGACAAAACAAAAAGCAGUCUUCAGCAAGUUCCACAAAGUACGGUCUUGUUGGAGGAGACAUCACUGAAUCUGAUGAUGAAUCCGAAGAUUUCAACUAUUUUGGGACUGAGUUUUCUCAAUUGCCUGUUGAAAUUAUGGAGAAUAUCUUUUGCCAGUUGCCCAUUGUUGAUUUAAUGCUGAACUGUGUCCUGGUCUGCCGACAGUGGAAUAAUGUUAUAUCAAGAGACUCGGUAAUAGAAAGCUUACAUACAGUUGUAAGCAUUUAUACACUAAGCAAAAGUUUUUCUGUAAACUGGUCUCACAAUUAUUUUAUUCUUCCAUAAUGCCAGAUAAGUUGCCUUUUUGUGCAUCUUCCCCAAAAUAGAGCAAAAUUAUGAAACUGUUGACAGGAUUAAUAAAAAUUGCUUAGUGUCUUUAUUGAAGGAAAAUAAUCCUUCAUGAAAUUAACACAAAUUUCAAAAAUUUGCAUUAAUUUAAGUCUUGUCAAUUUUUGUAAACAUUACAGAAAAGCUAGCUUUAACACAAUUGAGUACUUGAUAAAAACUAUCUUAAAGUGAAUUGUACUUGUGAUAGAAUGCUAGAACACUGGUAAAUCUAUCAGCUUGAAUUUAGUUUAUUGGGGCCUUCCUUAAGGGCCUGUUUACGUGGAGGUGGGGGACUCCAGGUAGGUGUGGUAACCCGCCUGUCCAUCUCUCAUUUUAAUUUGAUCACGUUUACAUGAUAGGUGCGGUGACGCACCACAUGUUACCUCACCUAUCUAGGGUCCCUCACCUCCAUGUAAACAUGCCCCAAGGAUUGCUGCAGCUCUCCAAAGCCACUACUUUCAAUGGACCCUUAUAAGUCAUGACUUUUUUGUUUUAGGGUAAGGUUCCAUUGAUUCAUUCUCAACUUGGUUUGUUUGUUUAAUGUUACAUGUACGUUUUCUCAAGCCGUGGGGCUUUGUAAACAGCUGCGGCAUCACCCUUUCAACAUUUUCUCCCCUCCCCAACCCCCAUUCCCCCAUCCCUACCCGCCUUAUCAGCUUCAAAACUGGUACUAGAAAUCUUGUGAUUGCCUUAAUUAAUAAUAUUAAUAAAAUUCAUAUGUAUGUAAUUACUGGAACUUCAGUGGUAUUAGUAGGUCAGUCAUCAUUUAAUCUUGUGGAAUCCAGGAGAUAAAAAGAACCCGGCUUGUAUUCAUAAUAUGCAGUCAGGCGAUACUAACAAGAGGAUUUUUCCUUAUUUGUUUAUUUAUAUAUAUACUUUUUCUCUUUCAGUUUAUUCCUUGGAAGAAGAGGUACUUUCGGCUAAAGAGCAGGGAUGUUCAAACAGAGGAUGAGAUGAUUAAAUUAUUGGAUCAGAGGGGCCUUUUAGAGUUGGAUUCAUUCCCUGUUAAUCUUUCAAGGUAUAGUAAACAAGGAAUUUUCAAGAUCAAAUAUUAAAAAAAUAUGCACUUUGCAAGGAUGAUCUCUACUAUUUAUGUAACAAUGUAGAGUAACUGCACCUUUUCGGUUAUGUCAGAAUUUGGGUAUAAACCAUAUCAGCAGUUGAUAUAAUGUAAGUUAGGGCAUGGUGGCUGAGCAGUUAACGCUUUUAAUUUUGGCAUUGUAUUUAUUGUUCAUUGCCUUUUAAGUCUUGCCAUCUUGUUUUCAUAUGUAAGAAACUUGGCUCUACUGUGCCUUUCUCCAUCCAAGUGUAUAGAAUAAGAGUGACAGUGACAGGUUUUAUGGGAUUGAUGGAUUUAUAGCUGUGAUUUUAUUUUUGCAAUUUUAGCAGACACUCUGAAUUAUGUAUUGGUUUCAAAAUACUGCAUGAUAAAAUAAUUUCACAUACCUUGUAUAGCAUAGCUUUGAGCUCCCUAGAAUACAGAUGUAUCGGGCUGUGCUCUAGCAGAGCCUGGUGGCCCCUGGCACCCAACUUUUGCUCUCGGGCGACUAGAAAAUCUCAGAUUUUUCUUACAAAUCAUAUGCUAGGCACCCUAGUUUUUACGGGUUCAGAACACUGGGCUCCCUUCAAUUUUUGUUAGAGCACAUGCUGCCUUGUGUAUAUAAACCAAAGACUAAUACACUGUAUAUAGAUUUAGCCAAGGCCAAAAGUGAAGCUCUCUUGGGAUCUUUUAAGAAAUGUCUUUCUGAAAAAAUCAUUAAAGUUUCGCCAUUAGCAAGAAGCAAACUGAAUUUCUCUUGAAAAAUAAUGGGCCUGAGUCUCUGGUCAAUUUAAAAUCAAUAACUUGUCAGGGGAUAACUUUUAAAAGCACGCGACCUCAAUGAGUUGUGCACCUGAGCCCACAAUACAGUCAUGUGACAAAGUCAAUGGAUACCCUACAUGAAUGUCCAAUAUUGAGUUAAACACAGAUUGAAUACAGUGGUUUCAUUUAGAGCCUGGCACCAGGCAAAAUGACCAGCUGUGAACGUGACUUUGCCCUGCUGCUUAACAUCGUAAAGGACUUUUAUUAAUACAGUAACAGUCAUACCAAACAGUUUUAAGUUACAAUCGUCCCCUUUAACACGUGGGUAUGCAUUUGUUAUGUGUUAAAAACAAAAAUUGCCCCAUAAUGUAUUGUAAAAAGCACUGGGCUCCAUAAAAAACCAUCUGAAAUGUCUAAACAGGAACCAUUUGUGUGGUAGAUAUUGGUAUCAAAUCAUGAUGAAAUUGUGUAGAAAAGUUAUCUUUUUUUGGUAGUUGAAAUACAUUGUCUGCAGGUUCAAAAUCUAGGAAAACACAUCUCUACAAAUAUAGAAUUUCAAAAUUUUCCAGGGGAGCAUGCCCCUGGCCCCCCUAGGGGGCAAGGCCCUCCGAGCCUUGCCAAUUUCUUUGCCCCGGGUGUCAAACCCAAGUGCCCUCCUGUUCAAAAUCUCAAUGAAACCCCUGCUGUAUAUGCCUUGAACUCCAAGCUAGUAGGUUUGACAUUUCAGAUCUGCCAACAUAAAGGGGUGGACAUAUGGACAGACAGACAGAUGGAUGGACAAUUUUGUCAUGUAUUAGAAUAGUAUACAUGUAUUUAACCAAAUUUUUUUACCCAUGGUGCUCCACUAUUAACCUCCCAGUAGUCAGUUGGCACCUACUGUAUACAGCCCUACAUUCAUUGUACAUGAUUGUAUGCCCCAUCUUUUGUAUUUCAGCUUCAUGAAGGAUUUUAAAAGGAAAGGACAGCCAUCACUCUUAGACAAUUUGAAAACACACAACAAGUUCCCACUGCUUGAAACAUUCUUGGAAACAAUUACAGACAAGUCAAACAAGGUGGGAUGCUGUUUGUACAUGUCUGUGCUUUCAGCUGUUUUAACUACUUUAUUUUGCCUCCAAGCCUUAAACUUAUCGAUUUUGGUGGACUGACUGCCUUCAGUCCAGUUUGUUUCAUUCACACUUCAUAAUUUUGGUUAAUUUAUGCAAUUUUGAUUAUUGCAUCGUACUCAUAUGGGUAAUAUAAACAAAGACAAAAUUGAAAGAAAAAAGUUGAUGUUUUUUUAUCAUUCUAAGGUCAGCUUUUGUUUUGCUAGCCUGAUAAAACAGCUGAUAAUUCGCAAUGCUACCAAUGGUUUCCCUAUGAAACAACGUCUGAGGAACGAAUGAAGAAAUUCAGAUCUAUACUUAAUAAUGAAAUGUCACUACCCUGAUCUAGUUAAUGCUUCUGUUUGUUGAAAAUUUGCUUCAAUCAAUUAGAAGCACUACCCAGACCACGAUAGGCACACUUUAUCAGCAGGGCUCAAAUAAAGUCCCGUCCUGUCGUCCGGGACAAGUAGUUUUUUGCUUCAGGCAAGUUACUUUCCUGGCUGCAGUAGCUUGCCUGAUGGGCAGGGGUGCAGAUAACUUCACUUCUUCUAAGAGAGUGGAAAAUAUAUAAAAUAAAGAUUAAAAGAUGCAAAGGUUCCUUCAUAUCUGUUUUUCACCGCAAAAGACCUAGAAACUGCUUAUGAUGAAGAUUUGUUUUGCUCCGACUAAUACAGGAGUUGUUAGUUGGUUGGCAACUUUUUUUAAGUGCAGGGUUGCUACCAGUUUAUCUUUGUCAUUUAAAUAAAAUUUAAGAAUUAUUAAAUGUAAUAUUAUGAAUAAUUGAUAAUCUAUAUCAAUGAAGGAAUUGGGCAGGCGAGAAAAUGACCUGGGCAAGUAAAACUGAAGACUUGCUUGCCUGAAGCCAGGCAAGCUAAAAUUUCUACUUUUUUCGAGCCGCGUAUGGAAUUUCUGUGCUUCUCAGGCAUCAUUUCACAGGGAAACCAUUGGUGGUAUCAUGAAAUGCCUGCUGUUUUCUGAGACUCUUGCACUUUUUUUAACCAAAAAACAGUAAUUUUUGUAUUAUUUUUUCCUUUAAAGAGUCCUAGUCCCUGGUCUGUUGUUGCUCUUUUGACGCUGGUUUGUCAGACAGUUUAUGAUGUUCAGGGAAUCUUUAGAUGCAUGACAAACUCCACUUCCUGUCUCGUGCAGGACAUUCUAGAGUGCUUUUACUGCUUGGCAUCAGUAUUUUAUUACCUGGAAUCACAGCACAGGAUUGGAAGUGGGUAAGUAACUCUUCAACCCUUUACACCCCAAGAGUGACCAACAUCAAUUUUCUCCUAACGAUAUACAGACGUCAUGAAGAGGAAAGGUUAUGAGCAUUCAAUGAUUAUCAAAGGAAGAUACACUGAUCUUUUUUUUUUCAAAUUUUCUCAACUAAUCCUCAGGAAAAUAUAUCGGGUUCAGGCAGUGUUCUCCUUACCAGGCAGUAACCAGUAAAAUUUACUGCUUAAAGCAACACUUUGUACCGCCAGCAACUGCUUGACGUGUUACUAUGUCUCAUGGCCUCAAAAUUCCUUUUUUAUAUUCACAUAAGGUAUUGACAUGAUUUUGUUAUUUUUGUUUGUUUCUUUUUUCAAACAGGCUUCAUUACAGAGUCUUCUAUAGUCUCUAUCUUUAUGAGAAUGCUUUUGAAGCCACUUGUGCGUCCAUCAACUCUGUUUUUGAUCAAAAUUUUACUGGCCAGCAAUCUAUAAUGAGAUAUAGGUAUGCAAAGCUUUAAUUAUUGUCGUGAGCAUGAGAAGAAGGUGGUUACUUGCAGGUGUAACUACAAUCAUGGACAAACCCACACUUGUAAUCAGUAAUACCCGGGUACUACAAUAGAUUGAAAAGACGCAGAAAAAUACCCUCACCACAACACAAAAGCGAACCGACAAUAGUUUCCACAUGCCGUCACCAAGAAACACCCCCUUUUGUGAUACAGUCAACUCCCUCUAAGAAGGACACCUUUGGGACCGGCAGUAAGUGUCCUUCUUAGAGAGAUGUCCGUCUUAUAGAGAGUCAAAUAAAGGGAGUAAAGAAAGGCAGGGACCAACUCUAAGUGUCCAUUUAGGGAGGUGUCCGUCUUAUAGAGGUGUCCGUUAAGAGAGAGUCGACUGUACUUCUGGUUCACUACACUAACUUCAAAGAAUAGUGAAAGAAUGCUUACAGUGUAUGGUGAUUUGAACUUGAAGCAACUUAGCCUGCGUAGCAAGCGUUUCCAAUCGAGUUAUUGCGCGAAAGUUAGAGCGGAAGCAAAAAAAAGGUUGAGGGGAAGGGGAGAAGAGGUUCCUUCUUUCCCCUCCCCCUCCCCCAUCAUACAUUUUUUUUGCUGUUGUUCCAGCUUUCUAGACGAACCUCGCGAGGAAACGCUUGCUACGCAGGCUAGAAGCAACUAUUCCCCUCCCCAUCUUCACCUCUCUUGAAACUUCGGCCAGUGGCAAAUUUACAACUACACUUUUUGAUGCUUCUAACAUGUAGGUCUGGUACAGACAAGCUCCAGCUGACCCAUGAACAAGUCCGUAUUAUCAAACAUGAUGUCAAGGAUGGAGAGCUCAUUAAGAUUGUGGCUUUUGCAGGUAUUGUUUUAAAUAACUUAUAAGGGAUCCCAACAGUUUACAACAUUUUAAUGCUACAUGUCGAUACAUUAUGAGAUUAUGCUAUUAGGUAUAAUAAUAUUGUAGCUAGUGGUGAACAUUCUCGUGCUUUUGCAUGUUAUGCAUCUGAACUAUGACGUCUAGGAUCAGUAAAUGCGUGAAUCUUACUUAAAUGAGAACCCCUAAAGAAUUUACUUUAUUUGAGUGUCAAUGUAUUUAGCACGAAAGUACUAAUUGGGGACACAAUUUGUACGUCUCCUAUUAGAGACUGGACCGCCAUUUUACGUGGUUAUCCGAGCCACGUGAAGGUCUACCCGUUUGCAGGGCUAAGGGAGUACCUUCAUUUCUCAGUUAUUUUAAGACCCUGAGUAUUGGUCCGGCCCCGGGAAUCGAACCCGCGACCUCUCACUCUGCAGUCAAGCGUCCUACCGACUGAGUUAAUCCUGCCUCCCCAAGAGCAGCGUACAGACUGAGAUAGUGUGUCGAAGGACGUAAAAAGCAGGACUUAUACUGGGUCUUUAAGGGUAACCACGCACAGAUUUUAGUUUUUUGUUAUAGAUAUAUAUUCUAGUUUACUGUUGGAGGGUAUAUAUGCUGCCAGAAAUGUAUGCUGACCAGGCUAUUUGAACAACGAAAUAAGCAUCCCCUUGACUUCAAAUAAGUGCCCCCUUCUUGACUCUAAAAAAAUAAACAAGCGCCUUGGACGCUAACUGGAGCACUUACGGUAUGUGCAGAUAACUGCGUGUACAUUCAUCUGUAAGCUAAUAAAAGAAUAUUUUUUUUUGGUUUUGCACUGUUCAGGAACUGGAAAGACAACAACGUUAGUGGAAUACACAAAGAUGAGGCCAAUGGAGAAAUUCUUAAACGUCGCUUACAACAAGUAAUUAAACACUUCCCUACAGGUCCUUGGUAUAGUAAACUAGUUCUAGCUUAGAAUGAAGGUGAUGUGAACUCCUUAAAUGCAAAUUUUUAAAUGAAGAUAUGAUCGCUGUGGUAAUUGCAAUUCAAGCAAUUGCACAUUAACCUGAAAACAGUUUGGGAUGUACGUGUUUUACCAACCAUGUUCAAACCUGUCUUGCAACAUGUACAAAUCAGGUUGAUGCAAGUUCCGUGAAUGCUGUCUUCUGAUUGGGUAAAAUUACGCGGGAGUCACGCCACACACGGGACAAGUUUGUCCGGUUAAACCCGUAACAUGCACGGAUUUUGUCGCAAAAAGUGGAACUACUCUCUACUGUCUGCAACAACGUUUCGCAAUCUGCAACAACCUGAUUUGUUGCAAGACAGGUUUGACUCGUGGAUCGUAAAACGCGCGUCAUCGCUGGUCAACUCAAUUUGCAGCAAUGUUGCAAAACAACUUCCACGUUUUUGUCUCCCGUUUUUCCGUACCUUUAUUUUACGUUGGUACCUUGAAAAAAAGUCGAAACAAGACUACGUACAGAGUACAUCCUUAGUUGAUCUGCAGACUGGAAUAUGUGAGUCCAAAGUUUGUCCCAUAUGUGCACUCAUACAUCUUGUUCUCUACGUCCCUUGAAGGUCCAUCCAGGAGCAUGCGCUCAAGACUUUCCCCAGGAAUGUUGAGUCUCGAACAAUCCAUUCUCUUGCCUUCCGGGGAGUUGGCUUUAGGUAAGUGCAUUUUGUUUCUUUUAGAUGCAGUGUGCUGGGAAGCAAACUGGAUGAGUGUUACUCCAUCACAGGGUUACCCAUAGCAGUAUGUUCCAGGUAUUCGUUUGUACUCACGAGUUACAUGUAAGACAAUGGUGAGAAGACACAGGUUUUGUACAGAGUCUUGAAGUCUUGGAAAAGUCUUGACAUUUGCCCAACAAUUUUCCAGACCUGCAAAAAGUCUGGAAAAUGGAGAUAAAAUCUGGAAAAAUGCUUUUUUGAAAGCUACAGCAAGUGCUUUAUAAGUGAAAUUUUCGUCGUUUUGGUCAAAUCUUAUUCAAUCUCGCCUGUACGUUUGCAGCGCAUCAUGAAAUGAAAAGCUUUGUUCCUGCGGUUUUUUUUAAGGUCUUUAUUGAUCACCUGUUUGAUAAUCUUGAGUCUGGAAAAAGAAAUCAUUGUUUUGGAAUAACAGUCUGGAAAAACUCUUGAAUUAUGAAACCAAAAAACUGUACGAACCUUGAAGACAUCAUGGCGGCAAGGGCUGAACCAGAACAAUGGGGAUCAUUGUACGUUUUUGGGAAACUGCUCACCCACCCCUUCCAUAGGCCAACAUUUUGCCCGAAGUGAGAAGUGAGUGUUAAAGUUGGCUUAGGGGAGGGGUAGGUCGCGGCAGGGGUUGAACCAGAACCGUCCGUUGUUUAACAAAAAAAACGACAACUUCCCAUGGUGUUUAUUUAUUAAACCGCGGGAGGACUAUCCUGCGUGCAGACGAUAACUAAACUCUGAUUAGUACCGUCUGCGAAGCAGCGCAGAGAUCCUUGUUCUGGACCCCCAACGGACUCAACGAAUUACCGGAAGUGAGUUUCGAAUUCCCCUUCAACCUGAUUGGCGAUCACGACAAACAAAACAAAGGCCUUUUUCAACUGGCCAAUCGUGGCGCGUACUCAAAUCUGGGUACACAGUUGGAAGUCCAGAACAAGGAUUUCGGCGCUGUUUCGCAGACGGAGUUAACCAGAGUUUAAUUUCGUCUGCGCGCAGGCUACGGGAGGACAAGCUCAGUCGGUAGAGCGCUUGACUGCAGAGCCGAGGUUGCGGGUUCGAUCCCCAGGGCCAGACCAAUGCACAAAACUGCAAAAGAAUGAGGGUUUUGCCUUAGCCUGAGUAUCAGGCGUUUCUUGGGAAAAGGGGAAAGAUGGAAACGAAAAAGGGAGAGAGGUGAAGGAGAGAAACGCCUGACACAGAUGCUUUUACUGGAGCCUUCCACACCCACGCAGCAUGAUUCGAUACCAUCCAAUCAAAAUCACUUCCGGUCAUUGGGUUGUCAGCUUCACGUGUCAAAAGCUCGCCUAAAAUAAAUCCAAUUUACGGUCUGGCCGAGCUCCGGUGCUUGUGUUGCUACGAUUUCGCGUUUUUUCUGAAACCUCCAAUGAGGAGUUUUCGAAUACUUGUACUGUAAAACCUGCCAUUUAUGAGGAAUUAUAACAUGUUUUGGGAAUUGUGCUAGUGUAAGAUCGCCGACGCUCUGUUUGUAAAUAAACGUGUGCCCGGAAAAUUGUAAAUUGCUUUUGUUUACAGAGUUAAAUCAGCCGCUUGUCUGGCAGCUAAAAAGCUGAUGUUAUCCCUCGUAUUCUCGGGUGGUUGAAAGGAGCUGCAAGAAUAAAUAGGAAGGUGCGAUGAUGAAACACCUAUGCCUAGAAAUUAUCAAGCAGCAGCAAAUUCCACCACUUCACAGAGAGCUCGUGAAAGCUGUUACAAGUUCAAAAAGAAGUGAGAGCCUAUAGCAAAAGUCAAUCUCGUUGGCGAAAUAUGAUGGCACCCGCUUGAGCUUAAGACAUUUCAAAAGUGAGAAAAUUUUGUAAGAGGAAGCGAACGAAUUCCAAUCACGUACGCUAUCGUAACCGCAACAAGCAAAGUCAAGCUUUUUAAAAGCAUUUGUGCUGUCGGCUAUCUCAAUACAUGGCUACCUCGCUCUAUUUUCAUUUACAGUAACAAUACCCUUUUAACGGCAGGAUGUUGUAAAUCUGAACUUAGAUAUCUGAAACACUGAUAUUGUCUUCUUUGUCCCGGUCUUGUGAAACCAUAUGAGGCUUUUCCACACUCCGAGUACAUCUUUCCUUUAAACUACGAGGCCUUGAAAACACAAUUCUUGCUCGGGUUUUAUUUUUAUUCCAGAAAAGAACUUGAGAGCGCCCUCUAGAGCCUUUUUGAAUUCCUCUCUGCGUCUCUGUCUGUAAAAGUAUCACAUAUCGGUAACAUGAAAUCAAAACGUGUAUGAAAAAUUUCAAUGACCGCCUCCUUGCCGAUCGCUCUUGCGGUCAGUGACGUCAGGGGGUAUUGUGUGUUAUCCAAUCACUGCCACAUCCAGAUUCUGGAUGUGUCACACGAUUUGCUGAAUGGUUUUGUGUCAGGCCUUCCUUUCUCUUCUCCCCCUCCCCCCUCCCCCAUCUAAAAUCUCCUCUCCCCUAGCCCCUUAGGAAGGCCUGAUACUCAGGCUAGUUUUGCCUUUGCAUUGCAAAUGGAGAUUAUUAUACAUUUUGGGGAAACUGCCCACCUACCCCUCCUCUAAACUAACAUUUUGCGCAAAGCGAGAAGUAAGUGUUAAUGUCGGCUUCGGGGAGGGGUAGGUGGGCAGUUUCCCAUGCCCUUGACUCGUGGUUCGAUCGGUUCAGUAGUAAUAGUACUUUCGUGUAAAAUGCAUGGACAUUCAACUAAAUAAUAUGCGGUUUCCAUUUCAUUUUAUUAUAAUAAUAUAACUUUUUCAUGGUCCAUCAUGAACACUUAUAGACCACAGAAAUGACGUCAAAAUUUUCAAAAACUCAAGCGGAACCACGAGCCGCAGAUUCUAAGGGUAUAAUCCAUGGGAAAUGUUUGUCUAUUUAUCUUUUACAAUGGCAUUGACUGUAUUGAUUGUAUUUUUGCGUCCAUUUCCAGUGACAGUUACGGGGGAGAGACACAAAAAAAAUUGCUUCUUCAUCACCUCUUUUUCUUGGUGUAUAUUCUUAUAGACCAUAGCCCUCGAACAAUCAGCUUAGAUUAUUGUAAAAAAAAAAGACUCACGCAUACCUCACUUCUGAUAUGAUAUUGUGAUUCAUCUACAGAUACAAGCACAAACUAUCUUAUGGUCUUCGGAUAAGCACCAUCAUGAACGCCCUUCCGCCUAAAAGCGGGUACCUUCACGCAAGACGAGUUGAGGAUACCUUGAAGAACUUCAUAGCCUCUGCCGACACUGCAGUGAAGUCUGCGCAUGUCCCUCCAGUCAGCAGGGCCGUUCGUGACGUAUCAGCUUCAGAAGGAAGUGAACUAUUUGGGGACAAUGGAGCAGAUUUGACUUAUCUAAACAGUGAAAAAUAUGUUCAGGUGUGUUUUAUAUUUCAAAAUAGGCUGUGGUGUAUGUGCAAAACGUUUAGAGUAAAUAUACAGAUUAAGAGUCACGAUUACUUCAAACGGCAAAGGUCAGACUCAAGCUGAGAAUAUCUCAGAAUAGAAAAUAAGCAGAUAAAAACUGUCCAGAACAAUUAUUAUGGAUAAAACUAGCGUGAAACUACUUAUUUUUUAGUAGAAGUAAUGAACCAUUAAGGGCUACAAAGAUAGGACAGCCUUACUUAGGUCAGUAUUAAUAAAUGAUUAUAUUAAAGGGCCAGGUAUCAUACACCACACACAGCUACACAAACACACAAAAAAGAGGGAAAAAAAACUAGUAGAAAAAGAAAGACAGCAUAAGAAAGCUAAGUAUGCCAGUAUUAAACAACGGAAAGCCAGAAAAAAUAUAGUGUUGAUAAAUCUGCAAUUAAUUUUUAUGAAUAGGAACUGACUUUAGCUUUUUCUUAAAACGUUGGUAUUCGGUGGCCGAAAGAAAAACAGUCUCUUUUCCUACAUCCCGCCGAAUACCAGGGAAAAGAGGCCCGUACUUGCAGGGAAGAACGUAAAUUACACACCUCCAUAAACUGACUUUGGGAUUAAAAGGUUUUAUUACUUGUGUUGUCUUCGCAGAAAGUCGUAUCGCACGCUGAAGGGCUCUGGGAGCGAAUGAAAGACCGUGGAGACAAAGAAUUUCCUAUCACUCAUGAUGGUAUGAAAGUUAUACAGUUUAUCAUUUAUUACUGAAGAAUAAGUGGGGGAGUGGAGGUGGGGCUUAAUAGAGAGGGGCUUAUUAACUUUCUUUCCAUGAAAAGGGUGGCUUGUUAGAGGGAGGGGGCUUAUUUGAGAAGGGGGAUUAAAAGAGGAUUUACGGUAUCGCAUCAUCAUGUUUCUGCAGGCUACCUGAAGCUGUACCAACUCUCUCGACCACUUCUCAGUGGAUUUGAUUGUUUACUGAUUGAUGAGGCCCAGGACUGUACACCUGGUAUGAAUAUAAUACAAUUUGUGAACAAAUUUUAAUAGAGAGCUUUAGAUUCUAAGACGAGUACGACAACGAUUGCGGGAUUUUCUCAGUACUAAGCAGUGCUCGUGCGUAAACCAGCGUCAUUUUGGCGGGAAAACGUGGUAGCCGUCGUCAAACUACUACGUGUUUUAGCGAGACUGUCGAAGUGGCGGAAACAAGUUAUCAAAUGUUAGAAGUUUUAUCAUUUGCGAUCGAGAGAGGGUGUAACCUCCUUCACUAAAGGUAAUAGUGCUAACUUUUCUAGUGAAAAAUGGUAAAAUGAAGCUUUCCGGGGAGUCUAUAUUUUGAGAAUACGCGAAAAAACUUUAAGUCAAAUCUCGUACUCAUAGUCGUCUUCGUCCUUGAAUCUAAAGGUCUCUAAUAAUUCCAGCCUACAUGUUGUUAAUGAUUAUUCUUUCCUUUUGUGUAUAACUAUUAUCAAUUUUUACAUCGGCUGGCCUUGUGAGCUGGCAAGAUGAGGCGCUUAUUAGACACACCCUAUUUCUUUGGCCAGACAGAGCGAUUUUCGUUUGACUUUGAAAAAUGGUUUCGGUAAGUAUUCGUUAUUUGUUUCGUCAGCCAAUGGAUGAGAAGAUCAAAACAUGGACUCUUCGUUUUCCCGCCAAAAAAACGACUUAUAUGGAGAAGGCAUUGUUGGAUUGGCCAAUUGUGUUGUAGUGUGACGUCAAAGUGAAGUAUCGAUUGAUUUCUAGAACGUUCUUCGGGCAUGAAGUUUUUUCACCCGAGCGUUCGCUUAACCAACCAAAAGCCACGCGCGUUUGUAUCUGUUCGAUAAACAAAUCAAAUUGCUCUAUUCCGUUCGUUUGUUGUUUCUGUUUUGUUCGCGCGUUUUCAUUUUAAGGUCAUACGAAAAUCGCUCUAAGAGAACGUGAAAUUAUUGAACAACCCUGUUUCGUCAAGAUGGCUGGAUAUGGCCCCUCUUUUCUUAUUGUUUGUUUGUUUCGGUAGCUGCAUGAAACCUUGUAGGUUUGUAAUUUUUCGUCCUUCUUAACUUUUCUCGUUUUAAUGGCUAUUUUUUUUGUUCCUGCAGCGGCAUCAGACAUUCUACUCAGACAAAAAUGUGCCAAGAUUUUGGUUGGGGAUCCGCACCAACAGAUCUACGCUUUUCGUGGGGCAAGAAACGCUCUUCAGGAAGUUCCCAGCACUCAUACCUUCUACCUCACUCAGGUUAGUGACUAACAAGUUAAUUUAGAAAACUAGUUGUGACCUAAGGUAACAUGGAGGUAAGGGAGUGCAGGCGAGUUUAUAUUUAACCCCUUAAACCCUAAGAGUGAUCAGCAUCAAUUUUCUCCUUGCAAUAACAAUGCUUUCUAAAUGAAUAGGGGUGACAAAUGAGAAUUUUGAUUUUGAUCUUAAGGUUUAAAGGGUUAAGGCUUCUGAUCGAAGGUGAAAUAGCUUUUGCUCCAACGCUGGUGUUUUGCGUAAGUGUCACGUGAUAGAAGUUCAAAAUGCACGUGAUCAGAUUCCGUAUGAUAGAGGGUACAAACGUGAUCAGAUUGCGUUCUAUGCAUUCCAUUCAUUCUUAGUGGAAGUCUAAACGAAGCUGACUACAUGCGUGUCAGACAUGUGUAAGAGUAACCUGGAGUUUACGAUUGCGAAAAAUCCACGUUCACUUUUAUAGUAGAUCUCCACCUGAAAGCACGCGGUAUAGGCUGAAUUCAGUAAGGAAGUACGCACUUCAACAUUACACGUUGUGAACACCACGUGGGAGCCUCGCAGUUGUAACGUGGCCUUAAAGAAUUGGUUGGGAAUACAGUGGAAGGAACCUAUAGCCGUAAAACGAAAGAGUUGCGGCAUGUACUGGGCUAAUGAAAUAAAAGGUUUGAAAAAGGUGCGAGGUGAUUGGUAAUCUCUUGACAAGCCAUCGCGCGAGGCGAUUCUCCUUCCAUUUUUAUUUUAUACUGUCUCGGUUUUCGUGGUCGGGUUGCGUUUCGUUUGCGUAAGGCAGUGUUAUUUUUCCGUUUUUUUCAGUAAAUACACUUUCUAUGGUCCCUAGCCUGAGAAAACAGCCGACAUUUGGCGACGUUACCCCUGGCUUCCCCGUUAAAUGACAUCGGAGAAACGAGUGCAGAAAUCCCGAUGACAUGUUGAACGUUUGGUUGAAUCAAAUUUCCCACGCGGUACGACCAAUCAGAAGCACUGCCCAGAUUUGGGUAGUGACGCGUUAUCAGUAUGGAAUUUCUGCGCUCGUUUCUCAGACGUCAUUUUCUGGGGAAACCUGUGGUAGCGUCGCCAAACGUUGGCUGUUUUCUCAGGCUAUAUGGCCUCUCAGUGUCCUUAUUAAGCGGGUUGAAUUUAGGGAAAAUGUAAUGGGUUUCUUUCCCCAGGGACAAAGAAAACUGUCCGCAACAAUGAGGUGUCCGUAAAGCUUGGUUUGAUCGUGUGGUUCAGUUUUUGUUUCAUACAGAGUGGUAAUAGAGAUUCUUUAUCUGCUUAAAGUCUUUUAGGUUUGGUCCUGAGAUUGCGUACGUGGCGUCCUGUAUGUUGGAUGUGCUUAAGGGUGUCCGUAACAAGACUAUUGUAGGAGGAGCUAAGAAAGGUAGGUGAUGAUAAGAGGCGGCGUGGCCGAGUGCCGUUUUAGGGCGCUGAAUGUCAACUCAGAUCCCGGCCAGGUCACUACCUGCAGUUCAAUUUUUCGGUCGUGCUUGUAAAGAACCAAUUGGUGGGAGGGAGGAAAACCACUCGCUUAACCCUCUAAGCCCUAAUAUCCACAUACAAAUUCUCCAAACUGAUCUCUAUACAUUUCCUUUAAGAAUUAGUUGAGAGAAUUUGAUAAAAGAUCAAAGCAUUUUCUCUUAGGUGAUCAUUUUAUUAAUUCUCAUAACCUAAUCUCUUGACAAUGUAUGGAUAUCGUUAGGAGAAUAUUGAUGUUUGUCACUAUUAGGACUUAUAGGGUUAAAAAAUGCCAGCGUGGGAGGCUAGUGUGCGGCUCCCAGUCAGAUGGGAUUCUUCUAAUGUUUAUGGAAAUAUUUGUUUCGGUCUUUUUUUGUGGGCCACAAUGUAAGGUACUGGGUCGUCAGCAAUUGUGUCACCGGUUUAUAGAUUAGUUUACGCUUAAACACAGGAGUGUUAGGUAAAAACCCACAUUGAUGCAUUAAUACAUUGAUUGAUCUAGUGGAUUUAUCUGGUCCUGUUACGUAUAUUUUUUUACGGAAAGAAAUGUACUGUUUUCGAGGUAGAAAGACGAUGGCUUUCGUUUCAAGUUAGAAACGAGGAAUUGUCAAUUUCUAUAUUCUAAUGCCUCAGUUACUUUGACCUUUUCAAGGGAAUGAUACAAAAACCAGAAACGGGAACUGGGGAAUGAGCAUAGGAAACAAGUAAUUGAAAAAUGGGAACAAAACCGAAAUUAAACUCGUGCACUUUCAUUAGCUUUAUUACCCGUUCUCUGUUUUGGUUCUGUUUCGAAUUUUUCAUUUUCCCAUUUUCGUUCCCCGCUCCUCUUCCUCGUUCCUUGUUCCUCUUUCCCCGUUUCUCAUUCCCGUUCCCACAUCCCCGGUCCACGUUUCUCUCUCUCGUUCUCCGUAUUUUCCUUUCCAAGGUGUUUGCAAUAAUUUACUUUCCAAUCCUUCUCUAGGAUCUGUGCUAGGGGAGAGUUCUGGUCAAGUGUGUGUCAUAACACGCUGUAACUACACUUUGUUUAACGAAGCAGUCAGUGUUUGCUGUGCGCAAAACAACACGAAAGUCGGUUUUGUUGGGGUAAGAAAUAGCUUAAACCACCAGUCUCGUGGCUUUCUGUUUUUCCUGCUGUAAAAUUGCGAAAAACUACAGAAUCUAUGUAUUUACUGAUGUUUUUUUUCUGUUUUAGGGCUUAAAGAGUCUCGCGUUGGAUAGAAUAGCAGAUAUUCACAAGCUGUUUGUUUCUGGAGCAAAUAAACGUAAGCAAUUGUAACAUUUUGUCUAUAAUCACGGCAUCAAAAAUCCGUAAUUUAAGUAUGGAUGGGCCUUAUGUAAAGUAAAACUAAAAAAGAAUACGUGAACUACAAGUUUACCUUUUCUGAAACCUUUUCUAGACUUUUUUUUUCUCUCACGCUCUGUAGCUCUCUCUUUUGACGUUUCCCUGUACUACUAUUUUGAAUAAUUUAUAUUCUGCUUGCUUUGGGAACUGUGGGACCCACAAUCUUGGACAAAAAGUGUUAAGAAUUUUGCUCUUUCUUACACACAGGACACCCACCCUGCGUAUUUGGCACCAUGGUGAUCCCUCCCCCCACCCCUCCCUGGUCAAUGUUGUUUAGUAGGCUGCAAAAAUAUUCGGGCCACACUUCAACAUUGUUUUUUUGGGGGGAGGGGGGAGUAUCUUGAGUGAACCGGGCUUUAGAGGGAAGUAUUCUAAAAUUAAACAUAUAACGUGCAUUUUUCUUAACAUUUUUGUCCAAGAUUGCAGUUAUUUAUUAAUAUUAUCAUUCGAAGGAAAUUUUCCUUUCUUUCAUUGGCCAAGAGUACACCACGUGACCUGCAAAUAACUGCCUACAAAUAACGGUCUGCUCAUGCGCAAUGCCGUCCAACUGUGUUUGGCCGCAAAUGAUAUUCUGCUCAUGCGUAAAGGAAACCGUGCUUUUCUCCUUCUUGCAAUCCCUCUUGCGUGAAAAUGGCAGAUCGCUUCGCUUCCCAAGGAUACUCGUUAAAAAAGUAAACUCGGUGAUCCAAUGAUAAAACAAUUAUUGGACGAGGUUGAGCAAAAUAUCAUGAUUUGUCCGUGGCGAGCAGAUCAAUUAUUUGCCGAAGCCUUCCGGCAGAUAAUUGAGCAACGACAACGGCGAUGGCAACGAGAACGACAAAAACAAGACAAUAGGUUUAGAUUGGCGAAACAACAUUUUUGCACUUUAAGUGGUGGGUCAGUCAUUUUUGUGCCGAAGGGAGGGGGUGGGCCAUGUGGUUUUUUUCAACCAUAUUUCCAAAUGCCCCGGCCCCCCCCCCUAUACUUUUUGACCAGUCCCUUACAUCCCUUUUUUUGUACACACGUCGUCUUUGUUGCGUCCGCCUCCCCUACCCAUCACACAAGAGGACUAAAAUCAUUGACGAGGAUGUUGAGAUAAUUGAUAUUCUAUAAAGAUGCAUACCGGUUAGUGUAAAGUGUACAAUGUGACUACGGUACGCUUGCAAAGGAAGCUGUCCGUAGCCUUCUAUAAUGGAAGGAAGGUUAACCAUCUCCUCUGUUUCAGUUAUUUUAAUGGUUAUAUUGAACUUUUAGGUGAGUUAGGCAUCAUCGACCCCCUAGUCAAGAAGUUUGGUUCGUUUAGGGAACUGAAGAAGUACGCAAAAGUGGCUCCUGAUCCAGAACUUCUGGGAAAGAUUAAGGUUUGUACUCCCAGGGUUGUCACUAAGAUUUCAAGUUGUCAGGUAAAUACAACAAGUAGGUGGGGAAAGAAACAGCUAGGGGUUUCUUUUGGUUCUAUUUUUCUUCUAUUUUCCUUUGAAAGUAGCCGGGGACCACGUUAUAGUAGCCGGAGGAAAUCCCCGGCCCCCGCCCCUUAAUGACAGCCUUGUACUCCGAUACUCGGUCGGACCUGCAUGUGUGACCACCUCUCGUACGCGGUCACCUCUCAAACGAGACUAAGAGAAUUUUCCCUGUAAAAGUUCUAUUAUGACCAAUAACAGCGCGACUUAAUUGACCAAUCGGGUCAAUAACCAGAGUUUAAUACCAUGAACUGACGUGAUACAACUCACUUUGACUCUGAAGAUGACUACCGCACAGGUUGUCGAAACGUCAGUCACUGUCAAUAAAAAUAUAUCCUAUUCAGCACGAGGUUUACCCAGACGAUCAUACUCAACUUACUUAUGAAAUGACUCCUGGGUUCAAACCUUUCACAAUAAUUAGAACUGCUCGUAAACGACCACUUCUUCUAAGCGAACGCCACCACUUUUGGCCUGACGUUCUUGAACUUCUUGUAAGUGACCACGUGACGUGUGAGAUGAUCCCUUUGUUCGCUGCAUGUGCUACGCUGCGCAGAGUUACGAAGAACUUUGCCUGACAACUUGAUACCAUACAUGGCAUAGCGUAGAAAUUGCAUGCAAAAUAUUCUCUAGUAGACAUGUCAGGACCACGUUUCGGAAGAGAUUCCCUUUGGGUCGAUUGUCAAAAGUGACCACUAGAUCUUCGUAUUUUAGGUAGUCGCUUAUGAGAGGUUCGGCUCUAGUUUGAAUAUUCGUCUUUUAGUGGUGAGGUUAAGCGUCAGUCUCCUGGACAUACGCACCUGCGGAGUCUGUAGCGCGAGAAAAGUCAAGAUUGGAAAAUUGAAAGUGAAAAUACUAUGUGGAAUAUGGAUCCAUCCUAAACAUCCCUUAUAUGAAAAGAAAAAAAACUUCAAAGCCAUCGCUCCGAAUUUCGACCCGAUACAAUCCAUUUUCGAAUGAUCCCUCUUGACUUCUCGCGUCUGCACUAAUGAACUAGCAAAAGUAAUUAAAUGCUGGUGUGGAUUUCGUCUGUAGUGCGUACUUCUAAUGUCUGUUUGCGUGAAGUGGUUAUUUGAACGUAAAUUCGUUACUUUAGAAACGAGAAUGGAACUGGAGUCGAAAUGUGUCCGGCAAUUGUUCCUGGGAUCGUUACUGGGGAGACGCUGAUCAGCUAUUGGCCAAUUUUUCCCGUCUCUAUAGUAACAGUCCCAGAAGUCCUUGCGAAAGUAAACUUGCCCCAGUCUCCUUCUCGUUUCUAAAGUGACGAAGAAAUAACUAAAGCUGACUUUAAUGGACUUCCGUCAUUGUUUUGCAAUUUCCACCGGUUACAAUCUCAUUUUUUUUCUCCAAACAGAUUGUUGAAACUCAUCAUGUGAUGUUGCCGCAACGGAUCGAAAAGAUAAAAUCUAAGGCUGUUGGGAACUUACAGCAAGCCGGUAUUGUAUUUUAUUUUUUAUUGUUAUUUAUAAUAAAGUUCAGAUAUAACGCACACUCUGAUUGGCUGAAAAAGCUUGCUUCAUUAGAGUAUAAAACACCGGGUUACCGCUUUCAUGCCAUCUGCGAAUAGUCCGUUUUGAAAAUUAGAAAGUAAUGGCUGGGGAAUUUACCGGAUUCUUUAGAAUAAAACAAAUAGAGAAGCCUUAAGUGGGCUCUGUUCUUUUCUAAAGCAUAUAGGAGGCGGAAAGAACACUCUAAAGCUAGGGAGAAACACUCGACUACGUCUCGCAUUUCCCCGUACACUUCUUUCGCACUUUAGCGCUUCAUAAGUGCCAUACAACAGAGCAGAGAACAGUCAAGGCUUCUUUACUUUUUAAACGUAAAACGUAUUAGACUUCUAUAUUUCCUCUUCCGUCUAUCACUUUAAACUUUGCAACUUUGCUUUUAUGUUUGCGUUAGUAAAUAAUACUGUAUUACGCCUGUAAUUUCUGGUAAUUCCAAGCUUCAUUUUGCUCUCAGAUAUCAUCUUUUCCACGGCUCACAAAGCUAAAGGAUUAGAAUUCGAUACUGUUCGCGUCACCGAUGACUAUCUUCCUGGCACAGACAUUGGAAUGUCAAUACGUGAGUACAUACUCUGAAGUAAUAUAUCAAGCAAUAUCUGAUUUGUUAAACAAGAGUAGGAGUGUUUCAAGUGAUAACAAACACUGUGGCGUGGAUUGAUUUUCCAUCACGAGAAACGGUGUUUAAACAGAUUUACAAACACAUUAAGGUAUUAUGGAAAACAAGAGAAGGGUUGAUUCAAGUGAUUUGCAAACACCGUCAAGAAAUUUAUCAAACGUGAGGAGUGCUUCAUUGGAUUACAAACUGACCGUGAAAAAGGGUUCAAAAUAAGAGAUGCAACCGCGUCUUAAACUGUCUUAAGUCACUUCUGCGUCACGCGUGGCGCGUCAAGUUUUGCGUGACCGUGACCGUCUUUGUAUGUUUGUUUGAUUGUCUUCCUAACGUCAUGGACGGAAAUAAACAUUUGCAACUCUGGCUAUCGAGUGGCGUUUAUACCAUAUUUUAAUUUUGCAGUUGUAAACACUUGUCAAAAAUAUGUGUUCCCUUUCGUGUAAGGUAGCUUAACCUGUCCAUACAUAUUGUAAUAUUGAAAACUAGGCAAGAGAACCCCCUUUCAAACAAUUUUUUCACUCGGUCGCGACUCUAUUGAAUGAGCCCGGCCAAGUGAAUACCUAAGGAGAUUGUCAACGGAUUUCUUAUUUAUUUAUUUAUUUAUUUAUUUAUUUAUUUAUUUAUAACUUUUAUGUUUGUUUAUUCCUUCAUUUAUUUUUAUGUUUUCUUUUACUCUCCAGAUGACCAUGAAGAGGACGAAAAAAACUUGGUAUAUGUUGCCGUUACUCGAGCGAAAAAAUGCCUUCAGCUUAACAGCACAAUUCUUGAUAUACUGGGAUCAAGAAAGGUAAGCUUGUUCCUUUCCUAUGCUUUUAAGUUAGUUUCUCCCUGGCACUUUAAACUCGCAAAAAAUAAAACGUCACAGUUCCGGGGCUAUGUUAAUGAUAAUUGUAAAAGUGUGGUGCUCGUAAGGCUCGUUUAAAAGGCUUUCUGCUUGUCCCAGAUCGGGUUGGAAUUUGAUUUGCUGGUUUUUGAGGCGAGCGUUACACCGGGUGUACCCGGAGAAAAAAAAUCCUCAGAGCAAGGGAGAGAACCAACGACAAACGUAAUCCACAAAUGACGUUACUGCUUGCCUCAGGGAUAGGACUCACUGAAUUUAUUUCGUUGGCAAAAUGCUCAAGUUGGCUACUUUUGCGCGCUCUUCAUUGAAACACGAAUAUUUUAACUUCACCUUAUUACCUUUUAUAGGAACACUUUACAAAAGCAGUGUCACCAAAGGAUUUCUCCCAGGUAUGAGACAACGUCCAGCACUAUUUCUGUUGUGCAAUGACAUGGCCUAGUGGGUCUUCAAGACAGACAGCUGGGGUGAGACGAAAAGUGUCCCAACACUAGAGCACCUAAAUCAUUUUAUUAAUUGGAUUUCAUCCACGGACUCAACAGUUAGAUAGUAGUAGCCUAGGGAUAUGUGUUUCACAGGGAUAUGUGUUUCCCAUGUAGGGCAACACAUUUCACUAGGGAUAUGGGUUUCACAGGCAGGGGAACACAUAUCACUAGGGACUAGGGAACACAUAUCACUAGGGAUAUGUGUUUCCCAGUUAGAGGAACACUAGUGAUAUGUGUUCCCCUACCUGGGAAACAUAUCCCAGGGAGGGGAACACAUAUCACUAGGGAUACGUGUUCUCGGGUAGGGCAACACAUAUCACUAGGGAUAUGUGUUUCCCUGGUAGGAGAACACAUAUCACCAGGGAUAUGUGUUUCUCAGGUAGGGCAACACAUUUCACUAGGCAUAUGUGUUUCCCAGGUAGGCGAACACAUAUCACCAGGGUUAUGUGUUUCCCAGGUAGGGAAACACAUUUCCCUAGGGAUAUGUGUUUCCCAGGUAGGGGAACACAUAACACUAGGGAUAUGUGUUUCCCAGGUAGGGGAACACAUAUCACUAGGGAUAUGUGUUUCCCGUGUGGGGGAACACAUAUCACUAGGAAUAUGUGUUCCAAGGUAGGGGAACACAUUUCACUAGGGAUAUGUGUUUACCAGGUAGGUAAGAUGUUUUACAAUAAAGAACAUGCAGGGCAUGAUUAAAACAAUUUCUUUUUCUUUUUCUAUUUUACAAUUUUCCUAAUCGUCAUUUUUUGUCGCUUUUUUCCAAACAUUUACAGGCGGCAAAAACGUUAAAGUUGCCGGCGCAUUUUGAUAAACGUGCGGUAGUAGGUAGUAUCGUCUGAAGGUACUGCGAAGAGGUUUCAUUUGAGUGGCCACAUUAUAGGAUUUUUUGGGCGGAUAAAAUCUGCAUACAGUGAAUGGUGGCAGCCUAGGAUUUAAUCCACACACUGCAAACGUAGAACUGCAUUGAAUUAUUCAUAAUUUUUUUUUGUCACUUCAUCUGUCAUUUCAGCCGGCAGUUUGUGCUGCUUGUAAGGGAGAAGUACACUUUUCUCCGCCGCCGCACCUCGCCAUCCUGAAGGAAACCAUUAUUUUGGUAAGUCUCUUCUGCAAUAUUCUGUUGUGUGAUCGAAAAUCGAUGAAUGUGACAUGAAGAGCGUAGUGCUGUGAUGCAGUGAAAUUAUUCAUGUGUCUAGAAAACGACGUUUUAACGAAGUGCUAGCGGGUGCAGUGUUAGAAGUGACGAUUAUCUAGUUGUGCAUAACAAUUGCGGAUGUCGCGUCAGGAAUAAAGAUGGGCCGUUAGAUAGCCCAUUCUGAGGCUUAGGAGCCCACUAGCUAGCUACGGUGAGCUGGUAUCCGAGAUGGGACAUACCGAACAGAUCGUGAAAGUACUGCUGAUAAUUUCUUAUUGGAAUGGUCACACUAUUAAAAGGAUUUCCUCUACCGACUCAAAAGUUUAAAAAAAGCUACAAAAUAAAUGGUACUAUGUAAAUGUACUGCUGAGGAGAUUUCAUUUGAUUGGUCAGAUUCCACCCAUAGACUCAAAAGUAACAAUUGCGUGCUAAAUCAAUAGCAUCAUGUGAAAAUACUGCUGAAGAGGUUUCAUUUGAAUGGUAACAUCAUAGGGUUUCAUCCACAGACUCAAAAGUUAGAACUACAUACUAAAUAAAUAGUACCAUGUGAAAGUACUGCUGAAGAGGUUUCAUUUGAAUGAUCACAUCGUAGGAUUUCAUUCACACUCAACUGUUGGAACUUCAUUAACAUGCCAAACACAAUGAUGUUUUAAUGUUUUAUUCUCUCUUUAGGGUGGAAACCUGAGUCUCACAGGAGGUAUUCUAUGUACAACAUGUGCCAUUAAUAAUGUUCCCCACCUGGGAAGCCUUGCUUGUGUAAACAGAGACAGUUAUCCUACAUCAACAGAAUCAGAUUCAGACUGAACAAGGCAAUUGCGAUACGGUCAAUCAAUCAUUCGUUCGUCUAAGAGGAGGUAUUUUGUGUUCAACAUUUUCCGUUACUGAUGUACUACAUCUAGAAAGCCAGAGUGUGUUGAAAAGUCUCAGGACAAUUCAAAUGCAAUGAAGUCAACCUUCUACGAACACUUGCCUUGGUAAUUCUAUUCUUGUUAUUGUGGACUUUUUUUGUAUAUUCGCGUUCUGUUCUGUCUGCAGGAUCUUUUAUCUUUUAACUUUAAAGUUGUUUAUUGGCAGCACACUGUCCUGCUAAAUUCAUUACAAACGAUUUGCUCAGGUCUUCGAGGCUUUAGUCUUGUAGUGAGUGCUACUAUUUUAGUGAUAAUUUUUAAAUCAGCUAGAGUAUGUGAUUGUAUGUGAUAUUUUUUACCAGAAUAAUGGAUAUAUAUUAACUGUAUUUUAUCGAUUUAGAGAACAAGACUCCACAACCCUUCACGAUAAAUUGUAAAUAGC